AUGCGAGAAUGUUCGGUGAUAAUCAGUCCAUACACAGUCAUGAUCUCUGCAGUGUUUAUUCUAUGCCUCAUUCUUUCUCUUCUUGGUAAUGCAAUUGUAAUCCUCACAAUCCUCGGAAAGUCACAUCGGUCGCGGAGCAUCACAAAUUUCUAUCUUUUAAAUCUGGCAUUCGCCGACCUCCUUCGAAGUAUCAUUUGCAUUCCAAGCACACUUCUCGGUGAAUUAACACACUGUUGGCUUCUUGGAGCAGCCAUGUGUAAAAUUGUUGCAUUUCUUCAACCUGUUGGAGUUUGUGCAUCUGCCUACACUCUUGCAGUCAUUGCCAUCGAACGCUACUAUGCAAUUUGUAGACCGUUGGAGUCGAGAAAAUGGCAAACUAAGAAGCGCGCCCUGAUCACCAUCUCUUUAGUCUGGUGUUUCUCAUUUUCCGCCAACCUAACUAGCCUUUUUCUCUAUGACACUGUUCCAAUCGGAAACAAAUUCACAUGUGAUUCUACCAAAGGACCACUGGUGGAUUUCAUUUAUCAGCUUUAUUUAACAUUUACUCUUCUAUUCGUCCCAUUGGCUCUGAUGGUUGGUCUUUAUGGAAAUGUGAUAAUAACAUUAAACACUGCAAUUAACAGUGAUCAUCCGACUGUCGAGCAACAAAUGAUCGAGAAAACACUUCCAUCCCGAGCAUCAUUCUCCGAUUGGUUUGUAAGUGCGGUUCAGAGAGUCCCAAGUAUGAAAGUUGUGUCAAAAACGUUCCAGUUCAAAGAGAAGAACUCGCUGUCAAUUCCUCAAACAACUGGCCUUUCUGCUCGUCCGAGCCGGUCAUCAUUCUCCUCGUUUUUCUCAACGCCACGUGGAUCUUUCGAUGUGACGAUGCUCCUUCGAAGCACUAAUCAAGAAAAGAUACUGAUUGCUAAGAAGAAGGUCACUCGGAUGUUGAUAACAUUGGUGAUUGUAUUUGCCUUCUGCUGGGUACCAUCCUAUAUGUACUGGCUACUGUUGCGGAUGGCUGAUCUAGCGGCCACCUCUCUCUGGAAUCCAGGACUCAACUCCUCGCUCACUAUUCUAACCUAUGUCAGCUCAUUGGCUAAUCCAAUCACCUACUGUUUCAUGAACAAAUCAUUCCGAUCGUCUGUUCUGGCUUAUUGCCGUCCGAAACCAAAACGUCCAUUGGCUCGCUGCUCCGCAAUGCCGACUCGCAAAAGUCCAUCGAAAGAAUCGCCAACACAUCUUCCGAUUCCUAUGAUUAAGAUUGAUCUUGUCAUGGAUAGCAGUGUUCAUAUUUAA